UUCCGGACAUGGCCAAGCUAGCGACGGAUCCGAAGGCCUCCAACAACAACAGUGGCGAGGCGGUCAACAACAACAACCAGAAUGGGGGUCAACAACCCAACUACCAGGCCCUGCCCCUCACGCCUGCUCCGGCCAACACGCCCCUGCACAAGGCCAUCAAGCACGACCUCUUCCCGGAGGUCACCUUCUGCAACCUCUCCGCGGAGGAGCUGGCCGAUGGAGCCGGCCACAGUAAGGUGGUGAGGAGCAGCAUCGUCGCCCUCGACGAUGGAACCCUGACCAUCUUGAUGAACGGCAACGGGCAGGUGAAGCGGCGGAAGCGCCUGAUCUCGAAUGAGUCUGGGGACUCGAUCGACUCCAGUUCCACGGAGAAGAAGACGCCCAAGAUGCCCGACGGCGGCUACGGUUGGGUGGUGGUCUUCGCCUCGCUGGUGGUGUCCCUCAUCGCCGACGGACUGAGCUUCUCGUUUGGCCUAAUCAACGUCGAGCUGCUGGCCUACUUCGGAGAGUCCACCUCGAAGACCGCCUGGAUAUCCUCGCUGUUCUUCUCCGUGCCGCUGCUGAUGGGCCCCAUCUGGUCCAACCUGGUGGACAAGUACGGCUGCCGCAAGAUGACCAUCAUCGGCGGCGUGUUCUCCGCCUUCGGCUUCGCCCUCUCCUCUGUCUGCAACUCCAUCGAGAUGCUGAUGGUGACCUUUGGCAUAAUCUCGGGUCUGGGCCUGGGCAUCGGGUACGUCACUGCGGUGGUGUCAAUUGCCUUCUGGUUCGACAAGAAGCGUACCUUUGCCACAGGAAUUGGAGCAUCGGGCACUGGCAUCGGGACUUUCGUGUACGCCCGCCUCACCUCCUACCUUAUGGAGUCGUACGGCUGGCGGGGAGCCACCCUAAUCCUUGGGGGCACUAUGCUCAACGCCUGCGUGUGCGGCGCCCUGAUGCGCGAUCCCGACUGGCUGAUCGAGGAGAACCGGCUGGAGAGCCGGUCCCAGAGCGUCACCACCUUUUCCAACUCCAGCGUCUGCCUAGAGGAAAUCAAGAAGCUGCUGGACACCGGCAUCACCAAGGAGGCCGUGCUGGACUCGCUGGUGACCAAGAACAACACCGAGGCCAACCAGCAAAUCGACGAUCCCCUGGACUCGGCCCUUAAGCGCUACCGCAGCGAGAUCUUCCUGCCCACCUUCCUGAGCACCCAGGAGCUGGACAGCAUCUGCGAGGUGAAGAGCCUGAGCCGGCGCUCCCUGCGCCACAAGGAGGAUGCUGAGGCCCCGUCGCGCGAGAACCUCCUGUCCAUGUCUUCGGGAGCAGGCGCUUAUCCCCCAUCGACGGCCGUCAUUGGAUCGCCGGACGACACCCUAAUGGGCGGCAUCGCCCAGGAAGCGGCGGACAUGGCCAAGAAGACCUACCUGGCCUCGAUAGAAACCCUCUCGCCGUCGGAGAAGCGCUCCAUCGGCGGUGGCUCGCCCAACGGAUCAAUGCGCUCCUCGGACGAGGGCUACCUCACCCAGAAGCACGCCAGUUCCCGGUACUCGCUGAACGAGAACCUUUUCAUGGCCAAGCACACGACGCCAUCGAUCUCCAACCUGAAGGUGAACGGCCUGCGCCACAAUUCGGUGGACAUCCUCAGCGAGGACAUGCACUGCUACUACUCGAAAGAUGAGACCUUCGCCCUGCUGGAACCGAGCCGGCGGAACGGACCCACGGUAAUAGCCAUACCGGAGCAGGAGCAGCCGGUCAACAGCGAGCUGGCCAUGCGACGGGCCCGACUGGACAGCAUCACCGGGAUCCGUCGGCUGUCGCGCUCCAAGAAGCCCAGCCACCACCGAUCGAACCUGCGCCGCAACAUCUCGAUCCGCAACUCCAACUUCCUCAAGGACAUGCGCAUCCACCGCAACUCGAUCCACUACCGCGGGGCCAUGCUGAACACGCACCGCUACAGGCUGCGCGCCUCCUCCUGUCCCAACAUCUACCGCAACUCGAUGACCACCAUCGCCAAGGAGGAGGAGGAUACCUGGUAUGACAAUUUCGUGGACACCAUGAAGUCCAUAUUCGACUUUUCCCUCUUUCUGGACAUGAAGUUCGCCCUCUUCAAUCUGUCCACGUUGUUUUUGUUCAUUUGGUUUAUUAUCCCUUAUCUGUACCUACCCGAGUACAUGAAGCAAUACCACUACGAUGUGAGCGUGAGCGCCGAGUUGAUAUCGAGUGUGGGCGUAGCCCAAACGGUGGGCAUGAUAGGACUGGGCUAUCUGGGCGACCUGCCCUGGAUGAACAUCAACAUCUGCUACUCGCUGUGCAUGUUGGUCUGCGGAGCCUCGGUGUUCUUUAUGCCCCUUCUGAUGACCAGCUACAUAGGUCUGAUGGCCAUGUGCAUCAUCUUCGGAUUCACGUUCGCCAGCUCUUUCUCGUUUACGCCCAGCAUUCUGGUCAGUAUUGUUGACCUGGACGAUUUCACUUGUGCCUACGGUCUGGUCCUGCUGGUGCAGGGUGUGGGCAUGAUCGCGGGUCCCCCAAUCGCCGGCGUAAUCUACGAGCAUACGGGCAGAUGGGACGAGACCUUCUACUAUGCGGGCAUAUUUAUCGCACUCUCCGGCGUCUGUUCGUAUCUGAUCGAGUUCUGUGAGAAGAAGGCACCUAAGGAGAGUGAUAGUGAUGUCUCAGAGACUAAAAAAGCUCAACUUUUACACUAGGUUACACACAUUACUACACACUACACUGUUGAAUGCCCAUGGUAAGGGGCAGCUGCAGGUACUACAAAUCAGAACUGUAGCCUAAUAUUGGACUAGCAUUAAAUGUUAACGAGUUUCUUAUGUCAAAUGGUGUUGCAGCCAUAAAAUCAGAGCAGAAUUGUAACUGAAACUAAGCCUAUUGCAUAAGACCUAGCCUGUAAGCCUGUACUUGACUUGACUAAUCGUAGAUAAGUGUAUCCGCAUACACCUAAUAUAUAUAACUACCGCACUAGGGCAAUUACUAUUCGCAUCUUGUACUCGUAUCACACUUAGACAAACUGUUCAAUUUCAAUCAAUAUCAAUGCAGUGCAUCACUGCCAGGUGCAAACGGGUCCCUCAAUUGUCUUCUUUACAAAAAUUAUAGAAAUAGUUUUAAUUGCCUUACAUUUCGUACGAAUAUUAAUUAAAGUGAAUACAAUAAACAACAAUCUGUGUAACGUAUGCAAUAACAAGCGACCAUUUUCAAUCGACCCAAAACUCACAGUCUUUGGAGCAUUUGUUUUUAUGCUAAACAAAAAUAAUAUUUGUACAUCAAACGUCGCGGAUCCGAAUAGUUUCCAAAUUAAUGAAAAAACAGCAGCAAUCUAGGGUAUACAAAAUAAUUACUGUUCGAACCAAAAACCGGUUUUUGCAGAUUGGCAAAAAAUGUUCUUAAACGAAACAAAUACAAUUUUCAGAAUACAAAAUAAAAUACAUUUAUGUAAUGUCUUACAAGUUCAAGUAUUAUUACAGAAAAUACAAAAAUAUUAGUGUAGGAUAUAUCGUUAGUAAAAAGCCUUUAAUUUUUAAGCACUCUUCAAAAAACGAAGUAAAUGCGACACUAUAGCCCUAUAGCCGACUUAUAGAUAAUGGUAGUUGUUGAUUCCAAUCACUUUAGCAAAUAUGUACAUAAACGAAAAUGAAUCACAAUUCUAUAUUAUUUACAAGAAACCAAUUGAACAAUUAUCUACUGAAAGCCUAUUACAAAAUAAAUAAAAUUUUAAAACUA